AUGACAGAUGUCAAGAGGGAAAAUCAAAGUGACAUUACAGAAUUCAUCCUCCGCGGGUUCAGGAACCUCUACCCAUUCCAGACGGGUCCCUUUGUGCUGGUUCUACUAACAUACAUCACCACCGUGGCUGGGAACACCCUGAUCAUUGUCACUAUUCUGGUUGACAAGGGCCUCCACACCCCCAUGUAUUUCUUCCUGGGAAACUUGUCCUUCUUGGAUAUCUGGUACACGUCCAACAUAGUCCCCAAAAUGCUGCAAGGUUUCUUGGCUGAGAAGGGUGUGGCGAUCUCCUUCAGUGGCUGUGUCACGCAGCUUUAUAUCUUUGGCUCACAGGCUGCCACAGAGAUCUUGCUGCUAACGGUGAUGGCUUACGAUCGCUACUUAGCGAUAUGCAACCCUCUGCGUUACAUGACCCUCAUGAACCGGAGGGUGUGCAUUAAGCUGGCAUCCUGCUCUUGGCUGGGUGGCUUCCUCUUCAACCCAGUGCUAAUUGCCUGGAUUUACAGGCUACGUUUCUGUGGCCCUAAUGAAAUCGACCAUUUCUUCUGUGAUUUCAUGCCCCUGGUAAAGCUGUCAUGCAGUGACACCCAUCUGAUCACUUUAGCAUCAUUCCUGCUAGCAGCUACAGCCACCCUGAUCCCCUUCUUGCUAACCCUGACAUCCUACGCAUUCAUCAUAGCAGCGAUAGUAAAAAACCCUUCCAGAACCGGAAGGCAGAAGGCCUUCUCCACCUGCACCUCGCACCUUACUGUGGUCAGCACUUUCUACGGGGCUCUGGCCAUGGUCUACAUUGUGCCGAAAGCCAACUCAGCUGUAAACCUAAACAAAAUAUUCUCCCUUCUCUACAGCCUUGUCACCCCAUUGCUCAAUCCUCUGGUCUACUCCCUGAGAAACAAGGACGUGAAUGACGCCCUGAGGACCAUGGCCGCUAGACUGAUGGAUUUUCGAAGGAGAUAA